AUGCAAUUAAAAUUUAUGCUUUUUGUAAUUUUAACUCUCCUUUUUGCAACUUAUUCGGAUUGUCUUAAAUGUUAUCAAAAUUUAGAUGAGUCAAAACCAAAAGCAAUAGAAAUAACUAAAGAAGAUACAGAAGUAACUUGUAAAGCGGGAGAUGUUUGUUCAACUUUUGUAAUGAAAAGCUAUGGGAAGAAAAGUAGUUAUAUAAGAAUUUCUAGCUGUAAACCUAAAAAAAAUUGCGAAGAUGUUAAAAAAGACGAUGGAAAAGAAUUUUCUGGGGAGGAAGCUUAUAAGAAGCUAGAGUCACUUUUUGGUCCGCAUGAUGGAGAAUCUACAGCAGUAUCAAAAGCAAAAAUUUUAAAUAAAAUUGUUCAUACAAAACGUGGUACUUAUACAAUUGAUAAGUUAUUAGGUGAAGGUGGUUAUGGUUUUGUUUAUAAUGUAACAUGUAAAGAAGAUAAUCAAAAGUAUGCAAUGAAAAUUGAACGUGAAUCAAGACUUGGAUCAAAUCCCAAAUUAAAAAUGGAAGUAAAAAUAUUAAAAGAUUUAGCUUCAGUUAAUUGUCCAAAAUCUCAUUUUGUUAAAUUAUAUGAUAGAUGUAAAAAAAAAGAUUAUUAUUUAAUUGUAAUAGAUUUAUUAGGUCUUAGUUUAUUUGAACUAAAAAAAAAAUGUAAAAAUUUAGAAUUUAGUGAUAGUACAGCAUUUAAUGUUGGAAUUCAAUGUUUAGAAAGUAUUGAAGAACUACAUAAAUUUAAUUUUAUUCACAGAGAUAUAAAACCUACUAAUUUUGUUAUUGGUUUAGAAGAUAAAAAUAAUAUAAUAUAUCUUAUAGAUUUUGGUUUAUCAAGGUAUAUUCUUAAUGAAAAAGGAAGUUUAAAAACUCCAAGAGAAAUGUGUAAAUUUAAAGGAACUACUCGUUAUGCCUCACUUGCAACACAUAAUGGUAUUGAAUGUGGAAGAAAAGAUGAUAUUGAAGCAUGGAUAUAUAUGUUUAUUGAAUUUUUGCCUCGAUUUAAUUUACAAUGGAUUACAUUAAAAAGAUUUAACGAUGUAUUAAAGAGAAAAUAUAUGCUUAGAAAAGAAUGGGCAGAUAUAUUUAAUAAUUCAAAAUAUAUGAAAUUUCAUCUUUUACUAGAUUAUGUUGAUGAUUUAUCAUAUGUUAACAAAAUUGAUUAUAAUUAUUUAUAUACUGUUGUUAAAAAUAUUGCGGAUACUAGUAAUAUUGACUUAACAAAACCAUUAGACUGGACAAUAAAAAAAUAA